GCGUCUUUCUCAGCGGCCUAGCGGCGGCGGCGGGCAGACAGACAGUAGUGCGGGGAGACGGGCGGCCGUUAGCUGUGGGCCUGACGGUCAGCCGGGGCGGGAGGCAGCCACGCCGCUGGGAAAGCAGCUUCCGUAACUGCCUGGUUGGGGAGAGCGGGCCCUGCUUGCUAAGAGUGGCGUGGAGCCUCGUUUAUUUUGAUCAACAGGUAGGGAGUUUAACCUUUCAAAAAUGGCUGACUUAACCAAGGCUGAAGAAAAGGAAGUGGAGAAGAGUUUGGAUGAAGAAGCGGAGAGAACAUCUCAUGCUUCAGAGUCAGAUUCAGGUAUCAAUUUGGAAGGCAAUAGCUCAACUUCAGGUACAACGCACUCCACCGAAAAUGAGAACAAACUUGCUAGUGGUGAUCAGGGCAGUGGCCUGAAAAGGAGUGCAUCAGAUGUUGAAGAUGAACCUCCUAAGAAAGUUCCGAGUGGGGCAGGCCAUGGGCAAGCUGUAGCUGCACAUUAUAAUGAGCUUCAAGAAGUUGGGUUGGAGAAACGCAGCCAGAGUCGCAUAUUCUACCUCCGAAACUUUAAUAACUGGACAAAGAGUGUCCUCAUUGGGGAAUUUAUAGACCGUGUACGACAGAAAAAGAGCGAUAUUACUGUUUUGGAUCUGGGAUGUGGCAAAGGUGGAGACUUACUGAAAUGGAGGAAAGGCAGAAUUAAAAAACUUGUCUGUACAGAUAUUGCUGAUAUUUCUGUGCAGCAGUGCAAGCAGCGAUACGAAGACAUGAAAGCCCGAUGUCGCUACAAUGAACGUAUUUUUGAUGCAGAAUUUAUACAAGCAGAUAGUACCAAGGAUCUUCUGUCUUCCAAAUACAGUGAUCCAGACAUACGCUUUGACAUUUGCAGCUGUCAGUUCGUUUACCAUUACUCAUUUGAGACAUAUGAGCAGGCUGACAUGAUGCUUAAAAAUGCCUGUGGGAACCUCUCUCCUGGAGGUUAUUUCAUUGGCACAACUCCAAAUAGCUUUGAGCUUGUAAAGCGACUUGAAGCUUCAGAAACAAAUUCAUUUGGGAAUGAUGUAUACAGUGUAAAAUUUGAGAAGAAGGGAGAAUAUCCUUUGUUUGGCUGCAAAUAUGAUUUCCAUUUAGAAGAAGUUGUUGAUGUCCCUGAGUUUUUGGUUUAUUUUCCGUUACUGGAGGAAAUGGCAAAGAAGCAUGGUAUGAAGCUAGUUUACAAAAUGACAUUUCGGGAAUUUUAUGAAGAAAAAAUCAAGAAUGAGGAGCAUAAGAUGCUGCUAAGAAGAAUGCAGGCCUUGGAGCCAUAUUCCACAUUUGGUGAUUCCAGGCUUGCCUCUGAUAAACCUGAUGAUUAUGAGCAUGCAAAAGAGUUUAUCAAAGACGGCAAGGCAAAGUUACCACUGGGAACACUGAGUAAAUCUGAAUGGGAAGCAACAAGUAUUUACUUGGUAUUUGCCUUUGAGAAGCAGCUGUGAAACUUCACGUACCAGACUCAGCAAGAAGAGAUCAUAUCCAUGUGCAAGUUGGAGCAGUCAGAAUUCCAUUGUGGCAACUAUUUUUUUAUUUUUAUUUUUUAAUUAUCAGAAGUGUGCAGGACACUACCAAAAAUGAGAGCAAGCUCAUGAUUCUGAGUUACAUUGCCUGUCUGUGACAGAUGGACUUGUGUGUGUAUAUAUAAGAAAGAUUCUGAACCAGUCUUUUUAAGCAUUUGUAAGCAAUCUGAAUGCUCUCAAAACUUAUGUUUGAACUUGACAACUGUUAUAAAAAAAUGUUUUGUUAGUCUUGUGUUUGUGCUUACUAGCCUGAUGCUGCACUUUCUGAAGUUGAUGGAAAAUUACUGUUAACUUCAGUGAUGUAGAAUGAGGGCCUAAAUAUUGUAAUGCAAAGCUCGGUUAGUUCAUAAUAUGGUAGAUUCAGACAUGUAGGGUAUGUCUACAUUGCUUGCAGAGCUAAGUGACAAACAAUACCCAACUCAGUUUGAGUACUACUUAUGUGCUGUGCUCCUGCCUGCAGUGUAAAUCUACCUUAGAGAUAUUCAUGGUAUAGUUUACAUAGUAAAGUUUCAUGAUGUUUUUAGUUGUUUUUUUUUGCUUGCUGAUAUAUAGUGUCACUUCAUGGUGCAUCCAAGAUUAAAUAAGUUUGUUCUGUACAAAGCUGCUCUAAAAUAAUUGAAUUUCUGAACUUUUAAAAAUCUUUACAUCGUUUUUCCAAGUAUGACUAUACAGUAAUCAAUAACAGUUGCUGAGCUUAAAUUACUGAACAUUUUCUAUUAUAUUAAAGACUGUCCUGACCUUUUCAUAA